ACCCAAAAAAAAAAAAAAAAAAAAAAAAAAAAAAAAAAUCAAAUCGAAUCUCGCCGUUGGCUUGGACCGACGAAACUCAUCCAACGAUUUAAAGCCAUUCACUUGGAUCAUCAUCAUCUUCUUCUUGUUUUCCUCUGCAACCUCACGCUUACAAAGAAGAAGAAGAAGAAGAAGAAGAAUAUGAUUUCAAAGACGAUUGAUUUGCUACAAGAGGAGCUUCCCGUGAAAGACGAGCCCUUUUCGCUUUCCGGGGAUGUUAAGACCGGUCUUGUGCUCGUCGACAUCGUUAAUGGCUUCUGUACUGUUGGCGCAGGAAAUAUGGCUCCGAGACAGCCCGAUAAGCAGAUAUCUGAAAUGGUUGAUGAGUCGGUGAGACUCGCCAGAGCGUUCUGUGAGAGAAAAUGGCCGGUUUUUGCUUUCAUGGAUUCCCAUGAUCCGAACAUUCCCGAACAUCCUUAUCCCCCUCAUUGUUUUGCUGGAACCGAUGAAGCUAGGCUAGUUCCAGCCCUGCAAUGGUUAGAAAAUGAACCUAAUGUCACGCUUAGGUGCAAAGAUUGCAUUGAUGGGUUUCUUGGAUCGAUUGAGAAGGAUGGCUCUAAUGUGUUUGUUGAUUGGAUCAAGAAUAAUCAGAUCAAAGCGAUUUUGGUCGUAGGGAUAUGUACAGACAUAUGCGUGCUAGAUUUCAUAUGCUCUGCGUCAUCAGUGAGAAAUCGUCGAUUACUUGCUCCUCUGGAGGACGUGAUUGUGUACUCCGGGGGUUGUGCCACUUAUGAUAUCCCGGUUCAUGUUGCAAGAGCUGCCAAAGAUGUUAUAGCCCAUCCUCAGAAUCUGAUGCAUCACAUAGGCCUUUACAUGGCUCAAGGAAGGGGGGCAAAGGUGGUGUCAGAAGUGUCGUUUGUUGAAAGAGAACCAUAAAGAAAGACUCGAGGAUUCCACACCCCCCAACUUCUUUAAAUAAUAGAACUUUCUGAUAAUCUGAGAUGUAAAGUUUGAAGAGAAGAAGUGGAUAAAAAGCUUGGAUUUGCAUGUUCUUGCGAACUUCCAAAGAGGCGUUGGUAUAUAAUGUAGCAUAACGUACAAAAGAAGAAAGAUAAAUUUUAAG